AUCAACGAGCGCGACAAGCUCAAUCAAACGCCCCUUAGGUGGGCCUGUGAAAGGGGCCAAGAAGAUGUUGUUGAAUAUCUGAUCGAGCAGGAUGCCGACAUAGAUCUAUGUGAUACUUGGGGGAUUUAUCCUGUCGCUAUCGCUAUGGAAUACGGGCACGAAGAGAUUGUGACUUCCCUUCUUGCUCGAGGUGCCGAAUGCCGAUCGCUGAGCUUGAACAGCAACACACCACUCCAUUUUGCCGCAUCCAUGGGAAGCCAGUCCAUCGUCAAGCAUUUAGUCAAUGCGGGAUGCGAUCCAUUGAGCCAGAACAGUUCUGGGUUGACCCCAGUGAUGGAAGCAAUCCUUGGUGACUGGCCUGAGACUGUUGCUUUGUUGCUUGCAGCAAACUCGGAAGCAGGCCAGAUUCGGGAUCGACUCGGCCGAACUUGCAUCCAUUUCGCC